AUGCAAAGCAACUGCUCAUGAAAAAGGUCAAACGGAAAGUUAACAGUUGGGGCAGUCGCGCUUUUUUAUAGUUCGGGGAAGAGUCACGACCUCACACAACCAUUUACUUCACAGCAGCAGCACCUAUAAAGUCAAUCUUCCACUCCCUCCAUCCUCCAUCUUCCCACUUCGAUCUCUUUUGGGUUUCACUGACUCAGAAGAAAGACCCAGAAACCUCGACCAGACGCAUCCACUCAGGUGCUUAUUUGCACUUAGAAUUUCUUCCAAUCAAUCCUAAACUAGUAUGGAUCAGCAUCAGCAAGGCCAUGGACAGCCCCCAGCAAUUGGUAGUGCAGCUCAAGUGUCAUAUGGCCUCAACCCAUAUCAAUCUAACCAAAUGAUUGGGGCUUCCCAACCUGGAUCUGUGGUAUCUAUGCAGUCUCCUAGUCAGACGGCAGGUCUCUCUGCCUCUUCAGCUCAGCUUGCACAAAACCAACUUGCUUAUCAGCACAUUCACCAACAACAGCAACAGCAACUGCAGCAACAACUCCAAAAUUUUUGGGCAAAUCAGUACCAAGAGAUUGAGCAAACCUCUGAUUUCAAAAACCAUAGCCUGCCAUUGGCUAGAAUUAAGAAGAUUAUGAAGGCUGAUGAGGAUGUAAGGAUGAUAUCAGCUGAAGCUCCGGUCAUAUUUGCCAGGGCCUGUGAGAUGUUCAUUCUGGAGUUGACGCUGCGGUCUUGGAAUCACACAGAGGAGAACAAAAGGAGGACACUCCAGAAAAAUGACAUCGCUGCAGCAAUUACAAGGACUGAUAUAUAUGAUUUUCUGGUCGAUAUUGUCCCAAGGGAGGAUCUGAAGGAUGAAGUUCUUGCAUCCAUCCCUAGAGGGAAUCUUCCUGUUGGAGGCGAGGGUCUUCCUUACUAUUAUAUGCCACCUCAGCAUGCUCAACAGGUUGGUGCUCCAGGGAUGAUGGUGGGCAAGCCUGUAAUGGAUCAAGCUCUUUAUGGCCAACAGACUCGCCCUUACAUGACUCAGACAAUGUGGCCACAGAUGCAACAGGAGCAGCUGCCUUCGGAUUCUUGAGUGAAAGUAAUAGCUGACUAGGAACAUGGACAGUGAGUUAAGCUAAUUAUGAUACAUUAUGGUUGUAAUUUGAAUCUUAGAUGUGCUUCUCUCUGGGGCAGCACAAGUCAGUCACUGUUCUUAAUAUGUAGUUAUUACAGUUAAAAAGUGCUUGUUUUGGUCAUUUGAUACAUCUUUCCCCAUUGUGUAAUAGGCGUGGUCUCUUGUACCAUAGAUAAUUUGAUUUCAUGGACCCUUUAUUAGUAUGUGAAAUACAUGACCUUUACAUC